UGAAAACAACUCUUUUUCACAACUUAUCCGAUCACCUCCCUGUAACAUUUAUACAUUAAUGAAAAGUAUGCACCGACGACGAGAUUAAAACCCUGUCUUAGCUUGCAUAUCUCCUAAAAUAAAUAUAAUAGGAAAAAAAGCGCUGUUUUUUGCGUUCUUGCAUGUCACACUGAACAAGCGUCAGCAUCAGUAUACUGUUAUGGCGACUGCUCCAAUGAAACUACACUAUGCGAAUCUCCAGGCUAAAACGUAAAUAUACGUGUUUAGUUCAUAAAUAUAUUUCUGUUACACUUAAUCAAGGAGGCAAAUCCUUAUUCAUAAACAAUGGGAUUGGUAAUAGUAAACGUGCUACAUGUUUACUUGGAAACGUGCUUAGCGGCGGUUUACUGGACUAUUUUGUGUAUGUUGAAAAUAUCCAUCACAUUACAAUGUAAACCUUUUUACAUGUUUGCUAUAAUAAACACAAAAGAUGCUUUUGUUAAAUGUAGCACAAAUUUGUUUUAAACGAAAGACUUGUUUUAGUGUAAUAACAAAAUACUGAAUAUCCCGCUGCCAGUUCCCUACCUUUGGAUAGUUUUGCACACUCAGUAUAAGACGUUUCAGAUAGGUUGCUAAUUUUCUAUCUCCCAUGAUUUCUACAAGACUUUUUGUUAUCUUUACAGAGAAUGAAAUGUAGUCGUGGACAUAUCUGCAGAAACGGAGAGUGCAUCCCUAAUGAGUGUACACAUAACGGAAAAACCUAUGCCGUGGGAAUGCAUUUCCCCAGGGGUGAUGGCUGCAAUUCCUGUUUCUGUGACGCUCCAAACAGCGUGGCUUGCACGGAGGCUUAUUGUCCUCAUUGCCAAUACAACGGUAACAUUUACAAGCCAGGGGAUAGUUUUAACUCUACAGAUGGAUGCAACACGUGUUCGUGCUCAGAAAGCGGACAAGUGGCCUGCACGGAGAAGGCUUGUCUACCAGAUCAAAAUGCAGGUUGCCCGGCGGAUAAGCCUUUUACAGAGUGUCCCUACGAUCCAUGUAUAGCGGCUCUGUGCGUCACAGGAACCAGAUGUGUUGCUGAUCAGUGUGGGGGUUGCUUUGCGAGGUGUUUACCUCUGGAAACUAAGCAGUGUUCAGUGGACGGAAAAACUUACAACGUUGGGGACGACUUCCCGUCAUCGGACGGCUGUAACACGUGUACCUGUAGCGCCUCCGGAUUUCCCAUCUGCACAUUGCGUGCAUGCUUACCACCAAAGCAGUGCACUGCAGACAAUGGAAAGACCUACAACGUUGGGGACACAUUUCCAGCAUCGGACGGCUGCAACACGUGCACGUGUACGGAAUCCGGCGUUCCCGUCUGCACACUGAAGGCCUGUCACGUGUGCCCUCUGUACAAAUGUAAAGCUUGUACCACUGGAUAUGUGAUCGAUGAGAACGGCUGUCAGACGUGUCAGUGCAAAGAUCCCACAUGCGAGGGAGUGACGUGUGCCAAGGGGUCAUUCUGCUCCAACUCUUAUUGUUGUCCCGAUAAGGUUAAAGUCAUGCGGUGUACUGACCCCUGUGCAAAUAAAUACUGCGGGAUCUUCAAAGUGUGCAAGCGAUACUGCAACUGUUACGCUGACUGUGUCUGGUGGUUCCUGGCCCAGUAGUCUCCCCUGGAGUCGGUGAAAAGCGGGACACACAUUUACUGUCGGGCUACAUCUACUCUACUAUCAAGAGUUUAAUCCAAUGACCGUUUAAGACAAUUCAGGAAUAUUUUCUUUUCAUUGUUAACUUAUUUUUUUAACCUUAUGUUAUUUUCCCCAGUAAAGAUGCUACAGUACAUUAUCUCUAGUGGUGAUAUAAGACAAUAUUUCAUCAGAAAUGUAUGAGACUUUGUGCGCAGAAACAUAAUGUAAUGUUUAUAUAAACUCAGUCUUUACGCGCCUAAGGGUCCCUCUUUAUGGAUUCGUUUCGCAAUGUGUUGAUUGAAAGGUUUUAAAAACCAACAUACAGUGACACACUGAGCCACAAUUCUCCAUAUGUGAUGUGACACAAGUUACAACAUUAUAUUCGUGGGUAUAUUUGCCUAUCGAAUCUUGUAUUCCUAAAACAUAAUUCGCUAGCUCCACAUAAUUGUAUAUAUAUAUGAGGCACUAAGUACAUAGUGAGAAGUCAGUAUGUAAUUAAUAACUAACAGCAUCAAAAAAAUACUCAGUUCAUUGUAAGAAAUCUAAAACUAUCUUUUCUAAACUUUUGUAAACUGGUUAUUACUACAACUUUGUUUAGGAGGAUGUAGCUGAUAAAUACACUUGGGUAUGUGACCGAAGUAUUUUUGUACAUUUUCACUUAUGUCUUUGUUUUUCAAUUUUCUGGUACAUAUAUCAUAUUACGUUAACUUUUUUCCCCUCUGGACUUGUUUCUGAAUUGUUUUAUAUGUACCUGGUUUAUGGUUGAUAAACUGCAUUC